AUAGAGAGCAUAGGGAUGGGAGGAGCAGCUUCAUCACGAGCAGAUGAUCCGCCCAAGCAAGACAAUCCCACAUCACUGCAGACGAUGGUGAAGGACAUGUCUACACAGAGGCUGACACUACCAUUGUCAAUGACACUGCCUAUGGAACAAGAUUACAGCAGAAUGAUAAGGGUGAUGUCUUCCUAUUUCUUGCCCCUGCCACUACCCCUGACUAAUGAAGCAGAUUACAGCAGAAUGGCAAUAAUGAUGUCUACACCUCCACCUCCAAUGCCACUGCCCAAGGAACCAGAUUACAGCAGAAUGGUGAUGUCUGCACCACCACUGCCAAGACCACUGCCCAAGGAGACAGAUUGCAGCAAAAAGUGUCCAACAUGUUCCUCCCCCCUGAAGCCUGCAGUGGUUCCAGCAGGACAUCCCACUUCAUUACUGCAGUGCCCACGCUGCUCUACCACACCACUGUGUGAGCUCUGUCUCUACCCUUGUCCUGACGCCACCUGUACCAACCAGUCGUGCCAGGUCGUCUCACUGUUGCUGACUUGUGACAGAGUCACCAAACGAGACAGCAACGUGUACGGCUGUCCUGUUUUCCGAUCCUGCCCCAAAUGCUACAAUGUAAUAAUGCACCAGGGGGGGUGUAAAUAUGUAUAUUGUGAACGGUGCAGGUAUCGCUACUGUUUUAUCUGCCUAAGAAUGACAGAAGAGUGCAAAAAGGAUGGAAACUUCUAUUCCCUGUUUUGUUCUGCACCCAGAGCCGCACGGCAGAGAUUUCGAACCUGACGAACUGGACACAUAAAGGAAAUUAAAAUAUAAUCAAGCUGUUUAAGAUUCUAUUCAAUUAUUUUUACAAUCAUUAAAAGCAAACAGUUUUAAAUCUCAGAUUUAAAUUAUUUUCUAUUCAUAAACUUUGUAUAUUGUGACUUAAGUAAAGUCUCUCACACAGGUGAAAAAGUGAACUUUCAGAUAGAAUCGUCUAACCAUUUUUUAAAAAUAUUUUAUGCUUCUUAUUUCCCGAUCCAUUCUUUGUUUUUUGUAAAUAUUCAUACAUUUAUAUUUUAAUCAGAUAAAAUAAACACAUUUGCUCAAUCCAAUUUCAUGCCUUUUUAUGAUGUGUAUGUCACUUUUCUGAAUCGUUUUAAUUGUCAUUUAGAUGAAACCUGGCCGAUAUAGAUUAAAAUGAAAAUUUGCACGCAAUGCUUUAAUUAAAAAAAUAAUAAUUUUUACAGGUCACAUGCUUCUGGAAUCUUACACCAAUUUUAUUAUUAAUACUUAUGAAUCAAUAUGAGUAAUUAGCAUUUUAAAUGAUUAUUGUUUGAAGCGAGACAGUAUAACUCAUCUCUCCAAAACAGCUGAAGUUAACAACUUGAAAUUUUUAGGAAAGCAAGAUCAGUCACUUCCAUGUCGCAUAAACUUCAGAAGUAGCUUCUGAAAGAUAAUAUACUAAAAUCAGCACCUGUAUUUUGGCCAUACACGGUAUUUCCCCAUCACAUUAAUUAGGGAUUUCAGAAAUGGAUUGGAUCAGAAAGCUCAACAAAUAUCCCCUUCUAUAACUAAAAGAUGUUAUAAGGUCUCCACUUUAGUGAAGUGUAUGACUUUACUACCCUCUUCUGGCACUCGUGUGCUGUUUGUGUGAAAUUCUGGGACUUUCCACUUAUCUACAGUACAUUAGGGUUGUUUAUGCUGAUGUAUCAGGAAACUCCGACACUGGGGCGACUCAUAGCAAUGACAGAACCUCCUGUUUUCAUUCUCUGACAUGCCGCGAGCGAGAAAGGUGAAGACAGCGAGUGUCAGUCUGAGGACGAGGCGCUCGAGAGGAACCAAACGGAGCUCUGGGGAAAAGACAUAGAAAGCACUGGGAUGGGAGGAGCAGCUUCAUCACGAGCAGAUGAUCCGCCCAAGCAAGACAAUCCCACAUCACUGCAGACGACGGUGAAGGACAUGUCUACACAGAGGCUGACGCUACCAUUGUCAAUGACACUGCCUAAGGAUCCAGAUUACAGCAGAAUGGCGAUAAUGAAGUCUACACCUCCACCACCGAUGCCACUGCCCAAGGAACCAGAUUACAGCAGAAUGUGUCCAACAUGUUCCUCCCCCCUGAAGUCUGCAGUGGUUCCAGCAGGACGUCCCACUUCAUUACUGCAGUGCCCACGCUGCUCUACCACACCACUGUGUGAGCUCUGUCUCCACCCUUGUCCUGACGGCACCUGCACCAACCAGUCGUGCCAGGUCGUCUCACUGUUGCUGACUUGUGACAGAGUCACGAAAUCCACCAGCAAAGUGUACGGUUGUCCUGUUUUCCGAGCCUGCCCCAAAUGUCACAACGUAAUGAUGCACGAGAAGGGGUGUAAGUAUGUGAGUUGUGCACAGUGCAGGCAUAGAUACUGUUUUAUCUGUCUAAGGAUGACAGAGGAGUGCAAAAAGGACAAAGACAUGUACUGGUCCCUAACCUGCUCCGCACCCAGAGCAGCGCGGCAGAGAUUUCAAACCUGAUGAGCUUGAGUUUAAUACCACUGUGUAUAAAUAUAUAUUAAGGGGACAAUCUAAAAAUGUAAACAGAUAAGUAUAUUUAAGAUCAAUUUUAUUCACACAUAUUAAAAACAUAUAUUUUUGUAAGCUCAGAUCUAAUUUAUUCUGCGUUCCUAGACAUUUCCUAGGAAUUCCUAGAUAUUCUCACUCAAAACAUUCAAAUUUUUAUUCUUCUUUCUUUUAACAGAAGUUUUAUCAAUGUAUAUAUCUUGACUUUUGUAAUAAUAAAAAUGUUUGUAAAGUUUAAGGUAAUCCUGAAAUAUUAUUUUGCUUAGACUUGCACGUGGAAACCGUUUUAGAGAUCAGUAGUCAGAAACUCUUUAAUUCCCUUUUCUGAUAUCUGAAACAAGACAAAUUCACAUUGGACUUAGGGGAAAUAUUGCCUCAGGCACUUAAAAAAAGGAGCUUUAAAAAGUCAAAAAGAAAAUGUCAAAUGUCUACCUACUCCUUUUGUUCACACAUAAAUACAACUUCUAUAAUAAUAGACUAAGUGCGUUUUUACAUUAGCCACGAUUAAUUUGGUCCAAGACCCAGGAACGAUUGCUCCUCCCUCCUUCCUCCCCCACUAGCCAGCGUUCACAUUAUGUUGACCUUCCAUUCUCGGGCACACUUGCGUAUUUACAUUAUCUUCUCAUACAGCAGGUGGCAGUAUGCAUCUACUUGGUUUGAGAGCCAUGAUUAAACACAAGAACAAGGCAGUUAACCUCCGUGCUUUGCC